AAAGUUGUCAACGGGUCCGCUGCCUCACAAGCUGCCGCCGCCGCAAAACGUAAACGUCGUUGGGACCAGACAGCUGACCAAACCCCCACAAAUACUACACCCAAAAAAGUGUCCAGUUGGGAUCAGGCAGACAACUCUGCUGAGACCCCAGGACACACACCAGGACACACCCCUGCACACACACCUUCAAACAGCCGAUGGGAUGAAACCCCCGGCCGCCCCAAAGGCAGCGAGACCCCCGGGGCGACUCCCAGUAACCGCAUGUGGGACCCCACUCCCAGCCACACCCCCGCAGGUGCUGCCACCCCAGGCAGGGGCGACACACCGGGCCACGCCACACCCGGACAUGGAGGAGCCACGGGAAGCGUACGAAAGAACCGCUGGGACGAAACCCCAAAGACGGAGAGGGAGACCCCGGGACACGGGAGCGGCUGGGCUGAGACCCCACGCACAGACAGAGGAGACGAGUCGGUGGAAGAGACUCCCACACCAGGGGCCAGUAAGAGGAAGUCUCGCUGGGACGAAACCCCCGCCAGUCAGAUGGGAUCCUCAACACCAACAUUCACCCCGGGAAAAACCCCCAUCGGAACGCCAGCUAUGAACAUGGCUACCCCAUCACCAGGUCACCUGAUGAGCAUGACUCCGGAGCAGCUGCAGGCGUGGAGGUGGGAGCGUGAGAUCGACGAGAGGAACCGUCCUCUCACAGACGAUGAGCUCGAUGCCAUGUUCCCAGAGGGAUACAAGGUCUUGCCUCCACCAGCUGGCUACGUGCCGAUCCGUACUCCAGCUCGUAAACUAUCCGCCACACCGACCCCCAUGGGAGGCAUGACAGGCUUCCACAUGCAGGUGGAGGACCGAACCACCAAACAGAUGAACGACCAGCCCUCAGGAAACCUGCCCUUCCUCAAACCUGACGACAUCCAGUACUUUGACAAACUGCUGGUGGAGGUCGAUGAGUCCACUCUGAGCCCCGAGGAGCAGAAAGAGAGGAAGAUCAUGAAGCUGCUGCUGAAGAUUAAAAAUGGAACACCGCCCAUGAGAAAGGCCGCUCUGCGUCAGAUCACAGAUAAAGCUCGUGAGUUUGGAGCGGGUCCUCUGUUCAAUCAGAUCCUGCCGCUCCUCAUGUCUCCCACCCUGGAGGACCAGGAGCGCCAUCUGCUGGUCAAAGUCAUCGACCGCAUCCUCUACAAACUGGACGACCUGGUUCGACCAUAUGUACACAAGAUCCUGGUGGUGAUUGAGCCGCUGCUGAUUGACGAGGACUACUAUGCCAGAGUAGAAGGCAGAGAAAUCAUCUCCAACUUGGCAAAGGCUGCCGGUUUGGCUACGAUGAUUUCCACGAUGAGACCCGAUAUCGACAACAUGGACGAGUACGUGAGAAACACGACAGCCCGAGCCUUCGCCGUGGUGGCCUCUGCUCUCGGUAUCCCCUCCCUCCUGCCUUUCCUCAAAGCUGUGUGUAAGAGCAAGAAGUCGUGGCAGGCCAGACACACGGGCAUCAAGAUCGUGCAGCAGAUCGCCAUCCUCAUGGGCUGCGCCAUCUUGCCCCACCUCCGCAGUUUGGUGGAGAUUAUCGAACACGGUCUUGUGGACGAGCAGCAGAAGGUCAGGACCAUCAGCGCUCUGGCUAUCGCUGCCCUCGCUGAAGCCGCCACACCGUACGGUAUCGAGUCCUUUGAUUCUGUCCUCAAGCCCCUCUGGAAGGGUAUCAGACAGCACAGAGGAAAG